AUGUUGCAACCGUCGAGGAGAUGCGAAAUUAGAAGAUUCCGUUGCUAUAUCGAUCCUCCCUCGUGUGGUUACAGGUGUCGGUAUAUGAAACUCAUGUGGCACAAGCGAGAGUUACAUAAGAAAACAUUCUCUGCAGCCUGUAUAUGCUUCGUCAGGUGUGCAAACGUGUCUGCGGUCAGGCAUAGCCACGUGUUUUACUUCUCGACAAACAAAAACAUUUUGCAUAUCAUAAAAAAAUCAUCGUCAUACAAUGACAAUAAAAUGUGAAACUCUCUGUUUCGUUUGAAUUUUUUUAGCAGAAUUCAAUGGUUAGAAUUGUAUAGACUCCUUGGAAUUUAAAUGUUCUUACUGUUUUCUUCUAUCGCCAACAUUCUCCUUUUUUUUCUUUUUCUUUUUUCAGAGAACGUUUGUCUGCGGCCAUGGUCCUUCGAACGUGUUCCUAACAAGAUGAUUCGCGGUCUAGACAAUGCUUUGAUCUACACGUCGACGAAGGAAGCUUGUCUAGCGGCUUGCCUCAACGAACACCGUUUCACCUGCCGUUCCGUCGAAUACAACUACGUAACUUUGCAAUGUCAUUUGAGCGAUUCCGAUCGAAGGACGACUGGCCAGUACGUGCAAUUCGUGGACGCCCAGGGCGUGGACUAUUUCGAAAAUCUGUGUUUGAAAGGAAAAGAGGCGUGCAAAUCCCAAAGAAACUUUCAAAUGCCACGGAUCGGCGUGGCCGACGAUAAAGUUGCUCAAUAUGCAGGAUUACACUAUUACACGGACAAAGAGCUGCAGGUUCAAAGCGAAUCCGCAUGUAGGUUGGCUUGCGAGAUCGAGAACGAGUUUCUUUGUAGAUCUUUCCUCUAUCGUGGCGCUCCUCAAGGAUCUGCGUACAAUUGUCAACUAUUCCAUCUGGAUCAUUGGACACUUCCCGAUGGUCCUUCGACGUACCUCAAUGCAGAACGACCACUGAUCGAUAAUGGGGAAAGAGUUGGAACUUACUUCGAGAAUUAUUGCGAAAAGGGUACUGGACCAUUAGCAGACCCGCCAGUCGUCUUCGAGACCACGGAAGACCCCACCAUAAAUAACCUCACGAGGAAUGAUAUAAACUGCGAUAAAACUGGUACCUGUUACGACGUAUCCGUCGACUGUAAAGAUACGCGAAUUGCCGUCCAGGUUCGUACGAACAAGCCAUUUAAUGGCCGUAUUUAUGCUCUCGGCCGUUCGGAGACCUGUAACAUCGAUGUGAUUAAUAGCGAUCUCUUCAGGCUCGACCUGACCAUGAGCGGGCAAGACUGUAACACUCAGAGCGUGCGUGACGGUUUUCAGACUGGCAUCUACUCGAACACGGUCGUCCUUCAGCAUCAUUCCGUGGUGAUGACCAAGGCGGACAAGAUUUACAAAGUGAAGUGCACCUAUGACAUGUCUUCGAAAAAUAUUACAUUCGGGAUGAUGCCUAUCAGGGACCCGGAAAUGAUAAGUAUCACCAGUGCGCCGGAAGCCCCUCCACCAAGAAUUCGUAUUCUUGACAGCAGAUCCAGGGAAGUCGAGACUGUCCGUAUCGGAGACAAAUUAACGUUCAGAAUCGAAAUCCCGGAAGACAGUGAGUGUUCAUCGUUGUUGCAUGAACGUACGCCGAUCGUGAUCUUAAUCUUCGUUUGUUUCGAUCUUCGUAGCUCCUUAUGGAAUUUUCGCAAGAAGUUGCGUCGCCAUGGCCAAGGAUUCAAAAAUUGUCCGGUGGAUCCAUCAAUCUUCCCGAGUUUCACACCUGAUGGAAACGCACUUCAAUCUAUCUAUGAGGCAUUUAGAUUCACCGAGUCUUACGGUGUGAUCUUCCAAUGCAAUGUCAAGUACUGUUUGGGACCAUGUGAACCGGCUGUCUGCGAGUGGGGACGAGAAUCGGUAGAGUCAUGGGGUAAGAGGCGUCGAAGAAGCAUCACGAAUGCCACGGAAGAAAAAGCAGAGGAUAUGACGUUAUCUCAGGAAAUUCUUGUUCUCGACUUUGGCGACGAGAAACAGUCAGACUUCUUGAAGAACGACGCCAGCAUAGACUUCAACGAAGCCGAUAAAACAGUAACGAUAGUAGAGCCUUGUCCAACAAAGACUUCGGUGCUAGUUCUAGGAGUGACGUGCGCUCUGCUAGUACUUAUCUAUAUUUCCACAAUCUUUUGUUAUUACAUGAAGAAAUGGCUGUCACCCCGUAAGAUGAUGCCCUGAAAAUUUCCCGUCAAACUCAAGUGAUGACGAGAGAAGCGGCAAGGAAAAACUUCAGAUAAAGUUCAAACUUACCUUGCGUAACACGUCAUACGUGUUGUAAGACUGCAUGCGAUGAACCCGAGAGGCACGUGUCCGAACGUGCACGCAUGGAAAAAUUGCAAUUUUGCGCUGUCAUCGCCGAUAUUACUCACGCUUCGCGCGAAAUGCUUUUCUACGAAGUGAAAAGCCGUAUCGUGCAAAAAAACAUUCAUUUUUCCACACACUAUGCGAAUAAAUUUUUCAUUCAAACGUUGCGCUUUCGGGUUUGUCGCGAUGCUUCCCUACUAUCGAGAACUUAUCAUUUAUACAUUAGGCGAAACGAAACAUGAUAUUCGAAACGUCGCAUUCGAUUCGUGAAGCAAUUGAAUUAAUCGGAAUACAGAUGCCCCUUAGCAAAGAACUUCCAACGAUACAUAUAAUGUUAAAAGGCGUAGAAAAAUUAGAAAGGGGAAACGAAUAGUAUCUCUAAAAAAAGAAAGCUAAAUCAAACAAGAUCUAUUGUUCGCCGUUAAAUCGAGAACUUGCACAUGGCGGAAGUCACAAGUUGCUUAUGCAAUGCUCUGAAAAAAAUCUUUUCAUUGACGAUGUUAAAAGCACACUCAUUAUAGAACACUUUAAAUAUAAUUUCACACGACAUUAAACGAUGCGGCGAGAAUCACGAGGCUUGUCAAUUGUGCAACGCCUCGCAAGGGGGAUUAGUUUUACAUAGAGUUGAGGAUGGAUUUCGUAGACAACGAAUAUUGAUUUCAGAAUAUCUUACGGGACAAUCUCUACACUUACGCGUUUUACAUCUGAUAUUCCAUUCAUUCAUACAUAAUAUUUAUCGUAUAUGUAUAUCGGAUCUUUUAGAUCGCAUGGGUCGAAGAUCGCAGGGAUCUUGCGUGCAAUAUUUCGUAGCGAGUCGCGGAACAUGCAUUUUCUCGAGAACGAUGAAACUAUGGGAGAUAAAGGAAUUACGCAUCGCGUGGACAUCUCUGAUGACGUUAUGUUCCUCGUAUCGAGAAAACAAAAUAAUACAUUUGGUCGAUUGGACAAAAAUUGUUCCCCGAUCCGUGAUUACUAUGUUCUUUUCUCUAAGAAUAACCAGGGACACCCUGAUGACAAACGUUGUAAUAAGUACACUUUAUUUAAGGACAUCUUAGACUCAGCUAACUGUCUUAUCUCUUAAGAGCUACUUCUGAUCGGAUUGCAAGGAGAAUAAGGUAUAACGAACGACAAAUCUCUCCCCCUUCGUCGCUCGAUGUAACUCUCCGUGGUCUCCUCGAGUUGUUGCAGAACGAGAUAAAUAGAUCGAUCUUAGAUCAAGCAUCGUUCGGCACAACUCUAGCCACAUUUUUUUAUUCCGCGGAAAUCUACUUGUAACCCGUAUCAAGACUAGCGAUAUUUAAAGGUUCACGCUUCACUAACGUUUCUAACGAUACAACUAGCGUUUAAGGUAGAAAAUAAACAGAACAUAUAAGCAUAAAUAGAAGAAGAAGCGAAGAAACGAAUAAGAAACAGCAUUCUUUGAUUAAUAGAUUUCAUGCUGAAGUUAUACUGACACUUCUUUGAUCGCUCAAAACUGUUUUCCUUGUUUUCAUGGAACCUACUAUCGGGUAUUUGAAAAAUUAUAGUUACUGUAAUUAGAGAAAAAGAUGAAAGAUAAAGGUAUUCAAUGUUAUUAGAAUAAUUCGAAGAUUAACUAAUCAUGGAAUUGAAGUUGAAAAUGCUGUUCGCCCGAAACGAAUUAUGAGAAAAACCAUCCUUUUGGGAUUAUUAGGUGCAGGUACUUUAAUUCUCGAUAUCGAAUAGAUAUCCCAAUACUGAUGUACAUGUAUUUGAAUCACAUCAUAUUUCCAUUUAGUCACCCUUAUCAAUCGUUGAAGCAGUUUGACGCCAUUAUUUCAAAAUGAAAAUAAAUCAUUUUAACGAAACCUUCGUGAAGAAUUGAUGUUGAAAUGUAUUUUUUAAAAGAACCCAUGAUGAUCCAUAUCUUACAUAAUUUAGAUAGAACGAAAAUAUAAUGUAGGUAUGCAUAAAAUGCAUAAAAUAUUAGCAAUAUUAUACUUUUAUUAUAUAAAACACAUCGAAUAUUCUCGAAUGAUUACUUUGUGAAAAAAGAAGAAAGGGACAAUACAGUUACAGACAAGUACAAGCUAGUAUCCAUCAAAUUUUUCUUUAUGUUAUUUUCCAUUGUUCCUGACUUCGACGUGAUAAAAAAAAAAAAAAAA